AUGGAGAAUCUCGAGAAAUUACAACUAAAAGUGGAAGAGUUACUUUAUAAGAACGAUGUGGAUGUGUUAUUGCAAGCGGCCGAGAAGUUAAAAUAUGAAAAGAUCGAAGAAUUGAAGGAAAAGUCGAGGGGUCAAGUCAUAAAUUUAGUACGGAGAUGGCUUCAAGAAAUUGUCGAAGGAAUUGAAAGCCCGACGGCGAAAAAUCAACUUUUGAGCGAUGUUUUUUUAACGCUUGGUGGCUGUCCUGAAUUAGCGCCAGUAAAUGAGAAUUGUCAAAGUUGCAACAGGAAUAUGAACAGUUAAAAAGCCAACAAGAGAAACAAUUGUUAGAAAUGCAAGCGAAGAUAGAUAAAUUGGAAAUUGGAGUUAAUGAUAAAUCUGCCAAAGUCAAAGUAAUCAGUAGUGAAAACGCAUCAGUGAUUGAAGUGCCUUCAAGUACCCGGGCAUUGUUGAGAAGAGACUUUAAGAUAUCGGGGCAAAUUGGAGACCCAGGACAAGCAGAAAAACUGACAUAUAUCUCUCUCAAUCACCAGAUUGAAUCAGGGCUCAAACGAAAAUACACUGAGGAUGAAAUUGUCGAUGCAGUAAUCCGAGCUAUUUCACCACACACAAGCCUCCGUAGUUACAUUGAGACAAUGCCAGACCUUGGUCUUCCCCAACUACAAAAGAUCUUAAGGAUCCAUUAUUGCGAAAAGACAGCUUCGGAAUUGUACCAGCAACUAACUACAAUGUGCCAGAAACCCAAAGAAAGUGUGCAACAGUUCUUGUUAAGAAUUAUGGAUGCAAGAAAUAUAGUUGUUUUUGCUAGUAAGGAAGCAGAUUUCAACUAUGGUAGCCAGUUAAUCCAGAAUACUUUUCUGAAAGCUUUAGAAACUGGAGUUCGUGAUGAGUAUCUGACAACUAGCUUACGACUAAUUCUGCGAAAGGACGGGGUGUCUGAUGAGGAACUUAUGCGAAGCAUUAAUGAACUUGCCUCCCAAAAGACCGAGAGAGAAAACAAGCUUGGUUUAACAGAGAGGCUGUCUGCGAAAAGUCCCAAGGUGAGUUCUGUUGAGGGGGCAAAAGGGAAAAAGGGGACUUCCCCAGAAGCUAGUGAAAAACAGGACCUCCUCGCAGAGAUCAAGGGAAUAAAGUCUGAAUUAAGUUCCCUUACAGCAAAGGUUGAGGAACAGGUGUCUAAGACUAAUGCACCGUUCCAGCCAAGAUAUCCACGGGGUUGCCCCAAAUGUAGGAGAGAAAACAAUGGAAAUACUUGCAGACAUUGUUUUAUUUGCUGUCAGGCUGGACAUUUAGCCAGUCACUGCCCACAAAGGAAGGCGAAAAACGAACAGGGGGCAUUUCCGAGGGACAGGAGAUGGCCAAGAACAUAGAACAAACGUCCCCUCAAUGUGCGUUUUGCAAAAAACUCCAAGUACAUGACACUAUCCUUUGUUGUAAACAAUGCAAAGCUGUUUAUUCUUGUGACCGGGAAUGUCGAAGGAAACAUUGGCAUGAUCACAAACCAACAUGUGUUGCCUUGCAAAGCAUUAAUCACAAGGAUAUGAAAGACAAUACAGACUUGGAAUUCUUUGCAACCCACCUGACUCCAAGUCAACAGAAUAAACUGGUACAGAUAAUUGGUAGAAAAUGCAUAGUAUUGGGGAAAUUAGAUAAUAAAGAAGUUAAUGUGCUUUGGGACACAAGGGCCCAAGUGUCUAUGGUUUCAGAAAGAUUUUUGAGACAAAAUCACCCAAUAAAACAAAUAAGAAGUUUGUCGGAACUUGUCGAGACUGACCUAAAACUCACAGCAGCAAAUGGUAGUGUUAUACCAUAUAUUGGUUGGGUUGAAUUAGCAUUUACCUUGUCUUCAAAGAACACUCAG